UUAUCUCGGAACUGCGAAAGAUACACCAGAGAUAAGAUCCAAAUUACAUUCAUUAACAGAAAAAACACAAAGACUGGUAAAAGACACAACUGGAAAUCUCAAGACGCUUACACAUUUUGAAGGUACUGGUGGUCAAAACCGUCAACGCAAGCUUGAACAACAAAAACUUUCGAAAGAUUUUCAAAAGACAUUAACAGAAUUUCAGAAAGUACAAAGGCUUUCAGCAGAAAGACAACGGGAAUAUGUUGAUAAAGCAAAAGCGCAAAAUGUCCGAAAUGAUGUAUAUGAUGACGAUGACGCAGUUAUUCAUGAGGCGCAACCCCUUAUAAAUGACAAUCAACGACGACUUCAAUUUCAAGUCUUAGAUAAUGAGGUCGAAUACAACGAAUCAUUAAUUGCAGAACGUGAGGGUGAAAUAAGAGAGAUCGAACAGGGACUUAAUGAAUUGAACGAAAUUUUCAGAGAUUUAGGAACACUAGUGACAGAACAACAAACUAUGUUAG